AUGAGUGAGGCGGGAGAGGCCACCCUCAGGGACAUGGCCGCUGCCUUCUCCCCUCAAGCCCCGUGGAAACCCCUGGCAUCCUUGGGAGGCGGAAACUCGACCCUAGCCCUAGACACAGGCCACCUCAGCGGGGAUGGGAUCCCCAAGGCCACCGCCGGGGGCGCUAAGGGAAAGGUGCCUAAGAAGGUCAUCGCUAAGAGGGUCCUAGGCUCUGUCGUGUGGUUUAACGUGAAGAAAGGGUACGGCUUCAUCAGCAGGCACGAUACCCAGGAAGAUGUGUUCGUUCACCAUACAGCCAUCACCUGGAAAAACCCAUGCAAGUACGAGUGCAGCAUGGACCAUGGCCAGACGGUGGAGUUCGACGUGGUGCAGGGCAAGCGGGGCACUGAGGCGGCUAACGUGACUGGGCCAGUGGGCACGCCACUGAAAGGAAGCCGCUACACUGCCCACCGCACCAACAUCCGCCAGGGCUUCAACAUCCCCCGCCAUGCGCCGCCCCCACGAGGUCCCAAGAGCACGGAGGGAGAGGCUGAUGAACGCGAGGGCAGCGACGAAGGCUUCACCGUGGCCCAGGGCCUCAGUCGCCCUCCGUCUGUCCACUCCCAAGACCAACGACUGAGGCGUUUCCUGCCCUCCCGCAGGGCCCCAUCCGUGACCCGCCACCCAUUGAUCCUGGCUACCACCAGUGGCCCCCCGUCCCACAGGCAGCCUGGGCCCGCCCCCACCACAAGGCAGGAGGGGCAUCCUCGGCGGGGUCGGGGUCCCAGCUACCUGCUGAGUCGCCCUAGGGGCCGAGGCACCAGUCCUGGUCCAAGACGCUCACCAGGCAUCUCAGAGGAGCUGGAGGCAGAGCACAGUGAGAGCGGGCAUGAAGCCAGCGGCAAUCUGCCACAGAGGCCCCGUCCACGCUAUGCAUCCUGCCGUCCCAAUAACCGGCGCCACCGCCCGCAGCAAGUGCCUGGUGCCCAAGGACAGGAUUCCAACGGAGGAGAAGGCAAAAUCAGGAAGAGCCCCACUGAAACACCUGCUUCUGUCACUGUGGCCAAGAAGAAUGAUGCCCUUGAGGAGGAGAACCCCUUGGUCAUGGAUGCGCCCUCUGCUGCCCGGGCCUAG